AUGGUGAGUUCUGAUGCCGGAACUUCGGUUUCAAGCAUGAUCGAUCACAAUCAUCCACUUUACCUUCAGCCGUCAGAUUCGCCAAGUGUAAUUCAAACCGGAAUUGUCCUUACAGCUUAUGCACUAAUUUUGCAAGAUGAAAGUCAAAAACUAGUUGCAGGUAGAGCUUACAAUUCAAAUGAACAUAUGGAGCCAACUGCCCUUUUCACUGCAAUGAAUGGAUUACAGAAGCAGAGAAAGUCAUCUGGGCACCUCAAAGAGAACUGCUACAAGAUCAUAGGAUAUCCUGAUGAUUUCAAGGGAAAAAAUAAGGCUAAUGCAGUAGGAGGAAACUGGAGCAGUGGUGAAAGCACCAUACCUCAGCACGCUGGAAACAGACCACAGGCACAAGCACCAAACUUUACACAAGAGCAUUAUCAACAAAUCUUAAAUAUGCUGAGCAAAUCUCCAAUGACUGAACACAGUGCAAACAUGGUAGGUAUGGUUUCUUCAAUCAAUGAGGCUGACUUAAAAUGGAUAGUAGAUACAGGGACAACAAAUCACAUAAUUAGUGAUAAAAAUACUUUAUGCAAUGGUACAAUGGUAGAAAAUUCUGAAAAUGUGCAACUCCCAAAUGGAGAGGUUGCAGCCAUAACUCAGAUAGAGAAUUAUCAGUUAACUAGAGGUGAUCUACUUGAGAAUGUGUUGUGUGUGCUAGCAUUUAAGUUCAACCUUUUGUCCGUUUCAAAGUUGACAAAGAGCUUGAACUAUUAUGCCACUUUCUUUCCUGACUUCUUCAUAUUUCAGGAUCUCUUCACUAGGAAGGUGAAAGAGAUAGGUAGAGAGGAAGAAGGUUUAUAUGUUCUACACUCUCGGAGGAAACGAAGUGUACAAGUUAGUAAGAGGUCUAUGGCAGUGACAGAGACAAUAGAAGCAGAUACCUGGCAUAAAAGGAUGGGACAUGUUCAUAUGUCUAUAUUGAGGAAGAUUACUAAGUUUAGGAAUAAAGUUAGUUUCAACAUUGAGCAUUUUGAUGGAUGUCCAAUAGCUAGGCAGACUAGAAUGCCAUUUCCUACUAGUGAUAAUAAAUCUAUUGAAACUUUCAACUUGUUGCAUAUGGAUAUCUGGAGUCCUUAUAAAGUGCCUACAUACAAUCGAAUAAGGGACAAAUUUGGACCAAGAGCUGCUAAAGCAGUCCUACUGGGAUAUCUGCCCACUCAAAAAGGAUAUAAACUAUAUGACAUUGACAACAGGACAACAUUUGUGAGUAGAGAUGUAGUCUUCUAUGAAUCAAUUUUCCCUUUCAACCUUGUUUCUCAGAAAGACUUACCAUCACUCCCUCAACAAGUUCAUUAUGAUUGGGAGUUUCCCUCUUUUGAUGACUUACAACACCAGGGUGAAAUUGAAUCUACUCAGCAGCAAAACCCACCAUCCUCACCUAUUCACAUUUCACCUGGAGAUGUUGCACCCUACCAGGAAGUACAGGAGGAUGCAGGGAACAACUCACAUGGUGAGAACGCCACAAGCUUAGUAGAAAUUAUGCAUGUUAUGGAAGUCAUUGCAUCAGAGAUGAUUCAGACUCUUACAGCUUUUAUAGUGGUUACUACACAUGCUCUUACUACACUAAGGAAGUCUGAAAGAACAAGCAAACCUCUCAUAUGGCUCAAAGAUUUUGUGAGUUUGGAUAAAGGGAAGGCAACAACUAGUAAUUGCCUGUGGGUUAAAGCCAUGAAGGCUGAAAUUCAGGCUUUAGAAGAUAACAAUACCUUGGCAGUAGUACCAUUUCCUAAUAGUAAAAAGGCCAUAGGUUUUAAAUGGGUAUACAAGAUCAAGUGCAAGGCCACUGCAAUCAAUGAUUGGUGUAUCUAUCAGAUGGAUGUCUUUAAUGCAUUUCUACAUGAAGAUCUUCAUGAGAAAGUAUACAUGCAAUUGCCUCAAGGCAUUUCUCAUCCAUCUGACAAGCAUUUGCCUGCAGAUUAG